AUGUAUUUUUUUCUUAUUCCCAACCUGCGGCUUAUGUCAUGGUGUAAGGGUGUGCCAGUUUUUUUUUCGGAGGCUUUCCUCAACUUGAGAAAAAAGGCGUUGAUGAGCUUCCCAAAAAAGCUGCAGAAAAGGAGAGAGGAUAUUAUCAUACGCAUAGAAACUCUAGGAAACCCGGAUUUGAAAAGCUCAGAUAUUCAUGAAGAGUAUGCUACGGGGAUUGUUUCCGAAUUUGGAAAUAACACGUUGGUAACAAAUUCAAUGAGCCUUGUUAGGUGCAUACGGGACUGCAACCGGAUAGGUAUUCUCAGAGCCUAUCGAAACAAUAGUUCAUCUGAGAUUUCAUUUGAUUCUCAAGCGAAAAAAAAAAAUUCCUCAGUGAGAAACUCAUAUAUGCCUACAGAAUCUGCAUAUGCGACUACCAAGUUUUCUAAACUCGAAAAAAAAAUGUAUUUGGUUUCACGUAAAAUUAGCAACCUCCUAUCAAGUAGUAUUCGCCAGGGUUGA